GAGCAACUCUUGUUCAUGAGCUCUAUCUACACAGAAGCAAGAAGGAGCUCUCACCUGCAGCUCUUUUGGGUUUCUCAGUCCGUCGUCCUCAACCUCUGCACCAUCUUCCUGGCCAAGAUGCUGACUGUGACUUUAGUUCUUUGUGCAACGGUGGCACUGGCUACAGCUGACGAUGCAGCUGCAAACCAUACCGAGCUUUUUGCGUCACAGUGUCCACCCAACUGGCAAAAACACAACCAACGGUGUUUCUACUUUGAAUCCUCCACCAAGAACUGGGUUAAUGCUGAGAAACAAUGCCAGACCAUGGGUGGGAACCUCGCAUCGAUACACCAGGAUGACGAGCAUAAAUUCCUUCAGACCUUGAGUCAGGCAGAAGCAUGGAUUGGAGGCUCAGAUUGCCAAACGGCUGGAAACUGGUUAUGGAGUGAUGGUACGGGCAUGUCCGGAACUUUCUGGUGUCCACAAAAACCGGACGACACGCUGGAUGAGUGCUGUCUGCAGACCAACUCACAAAUCGGCAAAUGCUGGGAUGAUGUCGCCUGUAACACACUACUGCCUUUUGUGUGUGCAAAGCCACUUUAGACUGCAGGCUGACCUGGACCCAAGAAGGCAGAAGACUGCGGAUGGAUGGAUAUUUAUCAACUGGAGAAUAUAUCACAGACAUUCUUUCGUACAUGGAAUAAACAUAUUCGGAAUUGAGAA